AUGGCGGAAGAAAAGGAGAUUCGGCCAACGACUGCACCCCAUUUGGAUUACGAUCAUGAUGGCGACCACAAGCGGGCAGCAGAUCGUGUCAUGAAUGAUGCGCGCCUCGCUACCGAAAAAGAGCACAACAUGACCCUUCUUCAAGGAAUUAAGCUAUACCCCAAGGCUAUCGGAUGGUCCAUCUUGAUCAGCACCUGUAUUGUCAUGGAAGGCUACGACGUCUGUUUGCUUAACAACUUCUUUGGCUUCCCGCAGUUCAAACGCAAAUAUGGCGAGAUGCUUCCUAACGGCACAUACGAGAUACCAGCACGGUGGCAAGCCGGCUUGAGUAAUGGAGUGAUCGUGGGUGAGAUCAUUGGACUGUUCUUGAAUGGCUGGAUCAGCGAGGCUAUUGGCUACCGGUACACAGUCAUGGGAUGCUUGUUUUUGAUCAUUGCUUUCACCGCCAUUUUCUUCACGGCUCAGACAGUGGUGCAUCUGUUGAUUGCAGAAAUUCUGUGUGGAAUACCGUGGGGUGUGUUCCAGACUUUGACCAUUACUUAUGCGAGUGAGGUUUGUCCGGUCGCGCUCCGUGGAUACUUGACCACAUAUGUUAAUUUCUGCUGGGGCCUGGGCCAGGUCAUUGGCAUUGGCGUGAUUCGAUCCAUGCUUGAGCGCGACGACGAGUGGUCCUACCGUAUUCCUUACGCACUGCAAUGGAUGUGGCCAGUCCCUCUGAUGAUUGGUGUUUUCCUUGCUCCAGAGUCUCCAUGGUGGCUUGUUCGCAAAGGCAGGCUGGACGAGGCAAAAAAAUCCCUUCUUCGCCUCACCAGUCUCAACCGCGAGACAGAUUUCGACGCUGAGGAAACAGUAGCCAUGAUGGUACACACAACAGCUCUCGAAGAGAAGAUUACUCAAGGCGCAUCAUACCUGGACUGCUUCAAAGGUGUGGAUUUACGCCGCACGGAGAUUGUUUGCAUGGCUUGGGCAAUCCAGAAUCUCAGCGGUAACGCUUUUUCUGGUUACUCAAGUUACUUCCUCCAACAAGCCGGCCUACCAGAAUCCACGUCUUACGAUUUCGCCCUCGGACAAUACGGAAUCAACAUGGCUGGUGUCUUUGGUGCAUGGUACCUUAUGAAGCUCGGGUUCGGAAGACGAACUUUGUAUCUUGGCGGUCUUUGUGGACUAUGUGCCAUGCUCUUUGUCAUGGGCUUCCUGGGCUUGGGCCCGGACUCGCAGCGUCAAGAACGAGCUAUGGCGACAGGAGCUAUGAUGAUCGUAUGGGCCAUGUUCUAUCAACUCACUGUUGGAACAGUCUGCUAUUCGCUCGUUGCCGAAUUGUCUUCGCGCCGCCUGCAAAUCAAGACCGUCGUAUUAGGUCGCAACCUCUACAACGUCAUUGGCAUUAUCACUUCGGUCCUCACCCCAUACAUGCUCAACCCUGGCGCCUGGAACUGGGGCAACUUUGCUGGCUUCUUCUGGGCAGGCGCAUGCUUCUUGAGCAUAAUCUACACAUACUUCAGGAUGCCAGAGCCAAAGGAUCGCAGUUUCGCAGAGUUGGACUUGCUCUUUGAGAAGAAAGUAUCUGCGCGUAAAUUUGCGCAGACUACGGUGAACGUCUUCGAGGAGACAAAUGUUGAGGGCACAACAGUGUUUGGGAAAUACGAAGAGAAGGUCACCGACGCUGUCCAAAGAACAGAAUCAAUCUCGAGGACCAAGCAUAUGGGCUAG